GCAGCCAUGUCGCUCUCGAUGUUGCUCCUGUGCGUCUGCGGACUCCUGGUGGUCUCCUCCGCCUGCUACAUCCAGAACUGUCCCCGGGGGGGCAAGCGGGGGCUGGUGGAGGAGUCCGGACUCAGACAGUGCAUGUCCUGUGGGCAGGGGGACCGGGGCCGCUGCUUUGGCCCCAGCAUUUGCUGCACAGAGGGCCUCGGCUGCCAGCUUGGCACCCCAGAAACAAGUCACUGUGUGGAGGAGAACUAUUUAAUGACCCCCUGCCAGACAGGCGGGCGGCCAUGCGGCUCUGCAGGGGGGCGCUGCGCAGGAUCGAGACUCUGCUGCAACUCAGAGAGCUGUGCUGUGGACUCCACUUGCUCAGGGGAGCCGGACGCCUUGGAUCAUGUCCGUGGGUCAGCCGGGAGCUCACCUGGAGAGCUGCUGCUGCGUCUCCUCCACGUCGCAUCCAGAGUCCAGACCGAGUACUGACGGUGUGUCCGGGUUCAUUUCGUGCCUUCAUGUCGCCCCCCUGCUCCAACUGUGGGCCUUUUGAAAACAAAAUA